AUGAAAUUAUCAUUUGUUCUUGCUUUAGCAGGUGUCGCUAUGGCUUCUCCAGUUCCGGCUAUCAAAGUUGUUUGGGUCACUGCUUAUGAAACUGUCGUGGAAACUGUCGUUGGAGGAGCUACUACUGUUGUUCCUGUAGCAGACAAAGCUGCAGCUCCAACCACUACCUCUUCGCUUGAACAGGCGAGCACCACUUCCCUCCCAAGCACCACCUCAACAACUACUCCCAUUGCUGAGACCACUCCUGAAACUACCGCUGCUGUCAGCCCAACCACUAGUCUGAGUUCUUCAAGCUCUGCUAGUGAAUCGGCUCCAACCAGUUCUUCUUCGAGGUUUUCUGGUGAAGGGACCUAUUACGAUGUUGGCUUAGGUGCAUGCGGAAAUACGAAUACCGAUUCAGACUAUAUUGUCGCAAUUUCUCACAUCCUUUACACUCCAGAGAUUGUUAACGGCAAUUCGAACAAUAAUCCAUUGUGUGGUAAAAAGAUUAGAGCCUACUAUGGCGAUAACUCCGUUGAUGUUACUGUAGUCGAUCAAUGUAUGGGUUGUGCUGAACAUGACUUAGAUUUAUCACCAACUGCCUUUUCUCAAAUUGCAGACAAGGAUUUGGGAAGAAUCGACAUUACUUGGGAAUGGCUUUAG